AUGGCUCUCAGCGCCGCAUACCAGUCCUUUUUGAGCGCCCCCGCAAGCUCGCAGCUGGCUCCGGGCGCCUCCAUCAACUACGUUCCCACGACUACCUCUGUCGCCGAGCCCACUGCCAUCCUCAAACACCUGUCCGCUCAAGGCAAGCUCUUGAAGAAGAAAGGCGAGAAGGUCCUCAGCACCAUUGAGAGCGGCAAUAGCCUCUGCGUCGAUGUCGAGACUACCCUGGAGUUCGUCAACGGCGGUGGCGCCUAUCUGCCGGGCCUGGAUGACAACUUUCUCUCGGACCGCACCGUUACGUUUCCUACGAUCCAUAUUGUCCAAUUCGACGACCAGCAGAAGAUUGCCUCCAUCCGCAUGCACUGGGACCAGGCCUCGCUGCUCCGCCAGGUCGAGGUCAUUGGCUCCCGCGCGCGCAACUGGCCCAUCCGCGAUGCCAAGGACCAGAUCCGCCUGAUCAACGCUUGCGCCGCCGGCGCUCCCGCUGCUUCCGCCGCUUCCUCCCGCCGCAACACUUCCGCAGGCACCAGUGAGGAGGGGAGCAGGCCCCAGACCAGCAGAAGCAACACCAGUGCUACCACCGACCCUCACGCGAGCUUGUCUCUAUUCGCGCCCCGCGAAGAGGAAGACGAGCCGCAGACGCCUGAUGGGCCCAAGGUAGAGCGCGUGAGGGCGGCCAAGCCUCUGUCGCGCGGCCUGCAUGAGAUUAUCUCCCCCGAGCACCAGGCGCCUGAGCGCAGCGCGUCUCCUGCUAAGGCGGGCGCUUCCAAGCAUUAUCACCCAAUCAGGGUCUUCGACAAAGAGGAAGAGGCGGAGAAGGGCCCGGCUCAGCAUAGCAUCAAGACUAAUUCCAAGAAGUAUGAGCACUUUGAGUUUGGCACGGGCGAGGAUGCCCCCCAGAUCGAGCAAAGACCGACCUCUAGGUCCAAGAAGCACACGUCGCAGUGGGGAUUCGAGGACUUCGCUACUCCUGAGGUUACGCGCACCAAGAUCCUACCGCAGCACACCAAAUCAUUCAGUUGGAGCGACGACGAGGACGCCGAAGAAUCUCCGGUCAAGCGUCCUGUCGUUCACCAACCGCGCAAGGAUGCGAAGACCCACUUCGAAUUUGAUGACGAAGCUACUCCUGCAGCACAGAGGACCAAGAACGUUGGCGGCAAAGGCACCAAGCACAGCAAGGGUUCAGUUCUCUACAAGGAUCCUAUCUUCGACGAGGACGAAGAGCCCGGCAAGAAUGGCCCACUCAACGACGUUAGCAAGCACGUCAACAACGAGAAGCGCUCCAAGGUGUUCGGCAGUUCUUUCGAUAUCACUGAUGACAGCCCCAAGCCGUCCCAUGAUACCAAGGCAGGCGACGAAAACACAAACGGCGGCGCGCUGCCUGAGACGAAGAAGAAGGUUCUGAAGGGCCUAGACUCUAACUGGGAACUUGCCGAGCCGUCGCCCGCCAAGGAGCGUGGCAUCAACAUCGGCGGUGAUGGUAUGGGUGGCAAGAAGGGCAGCAGACGCGACUGGCUCUUCGGAGAUGAUGAUGACGCCGAGCCGGAAGCCGAGACGACCACCAUCACAGGCAGGAGGAUCACCUCUAAGAGGGACCCUAACAAGACUUCGGGGAAGUCCUUCUGGGACUUCUAG